GGCAUGUAUAGUCGGUACAAACUUAACAUUUUUUUUAUUGCGGUAGUUUGAGGGUUUCGAGUAAACUGCAUGUCAACAGGACAGCAUCUUCGAGUUGAAGUCGUGGGACAGAAAAACUAACGAUUCAUCAAGAAGUUAUUCACCGUUGCCCAUUUUUCCCAACGUUGUUAAUCAAUUCUCGAAGCUUCCAUUUGAUUGUUUGACCUGCUGCAAGUCGUGUUGAGUAAAUCGUAACAGACCGGUUUCGAGAUUUGGGAAGCACCGAUUGUAACGUUCCUUUUCGUUCAGGAUCAGGGGCAAAUACAAGGGCAUAGAGAGGAAUACAAAUUGAACAAGAAAUGAGUUACCCACCACCUUCCCCAGGGGGCUAUCCAAUGUAUGGGGCUCCUCCAAUGCCAGGAGGGGGGUCCCAGUAUCCAGCACCAGGUCCAGCCUUAGGAUUUGACAGCAUAGCUAACCAACCUCCAAUGGGGACCCCUGGGUACCCACCUUCUGGACCACCAAUGCCUAUGCCAACUGCUGGAGGACCUACUGGUAUGUAUCCUGGAAUGUCAAGCCAUAUGCCACCAGGAAUGUCCCGUCAAAUGCCACCAGGUAUGCCUGUUCCAAGCCCUAAUGUUGGCAUGCCAGCUCCUGUGCCACCCACAGCUGGUGUGUAUGGAUCAGCAGGACCAUCUAUGCCACAGCCUGGAUAUCCUUCUGGUAAUUUAUCAUUUGGGGGUGCAGCAAUGGCCACUGCAGCAUUUCCAUCUCACUACAGGAGUCAAUUUGGUCCUCCUCAGCCCCAGCCUAAUUUACCCAUGGGUCCACCCCCAAGUUUUCCUCCAUCAGCUCCAGCUAUGCCAGUGCAGCCAAGUGCACCACCACCUGCUGGUCCAGGAGGUUCAUCAACUGCGACAACAUAUUCCUCAUCGUCCUCACACUCGUCUUCCUACUCAUCCCACUCUUCUUCUUCUUCUGUGAGUUCCAGCUCAAGCACGAAGCAGCCAAGAGGGCGACCAUCCAUCAAGGAGCUUGCCAAUUUUGAUGCGCAGAAAGAUGCUGAAGUACUGCGGAAUGCAAUGAAAGGCCUAGGCUGUGAUUCUAAAGCCAUCACUGGUCUUUUAUGUACAAGAACAAAUGUUCAGAGGCAGAAAAUUGAGUUGGAAUACAAAACGAUGUAUGGAAGGGAUCUUUUGAAGGAUCUUAAGUAUGAACUGGGUGGUAAUUUUGAGACUAUUGUCAUUGCUCUCAUGAUGCCGUCGGCAGACUACGAUGCAACGUCGCUGAGGAAAGCGAUUAAGGGUAUCGGAACAGACGAAAGCGUGUUGAUUGAAAUUUUGUGUACAAGAACCAACGCAGAGAUCGUUGCCAUCAAGCAGUCCUACCAGCGGAUCUUCAGUAGAGAUUUGGAGAAAGAUGUGGCAGGAGAUACCUCUGGCCAUUUCAAGAAGUUUCUCAUCUCUUUGCUACAGGCUUACAGAGACGAAAGCCAAACAGUUGAUUUGGCUAAAGCGGCAGCGGACGCGCAGGUUUUGUAUAAAGCCGGUGAAGCCAGAUGGGGCACAGAUGAAUCAAAAUUUAAUACCAUUCUUGUGUCAAGAAGCUUCCCUCAGUUGAAAGCCACUUUUGAUGAAUACUCUAAGAUAAGUAAAUAUGACUUUGAAGAUUCGAUCAAGAGAGAGAUGUCAGGAGAUUUAAGAGAUGGGAUGCUCACAAUAGUCCAAAUUGUGAGAAAUGCUCCCUCAUUCUUUGCUGUAAAACUUUACAAGAGCAUGAAGGGUCUUGGAACAGACGACAGCACGCUUAUUCGAAUCAUUGUUACACGGUCAGAAGUCGAUUUACUGGACAUUAGAGACGAGUUUGCCAAAGUAUACCAUAAGUCUCUGGCCAAAUUUAUAUCGGACGACACUCGUGGAAAUUACAAGAAAAUACUUCUCAAUUUGAUUACAGACAAUAAGUAGGGAAAGACCCUACAUACUCGUAGAAGAAGGAGAUGUCUUCCCUUACCUUACCUGCAAUUAUCGAGUAGUGUAUGAUGUAUCAGGUGCCCGUGGUAUUUGGCAAAAAUGGGGAAAAGUCUUGGAUAUCACAAAAAAUGUGAUUUUUGCAGAGUUUUUCGGCAUUUUUUCAGUGUUUUUGAUCAUCGAAGGGAAUUCGUUAGAUUAAUGUAUUAUGCAUUGCAGCCUUUGAGAUAAAAUUUCUUCUUGGUUUAACAUUCUUAAUAUCCUUUUAACUUUCAUUUAUUGUUUACCCACCAUAAAAAUAGAAACCAGUUUGGUUAUAAAAUGUGUGCUUGUUUUAAUAGUAAAGCUGAAGUAUUCUAAUUUAUGGUAUUCGACGUACUCUUUUCCCUUCAACCAUUUUCCCACGCCCAGAGUAUUUCAAUCCUCUACCGCAGAAAGAAUGAUUUGGUCUGCAUUUAGUUUGAUUGAUUCGGGGUCCUUCAUUAGAGGAUAUUUUCCUUUUAUUGCCUUUUAGUUAGAAAGUGACUAAGUUUAUUGCAGGAUAAAGCCGAGAAUGUUCUGAUCGCAUUUAUAUAUUUUUUUGUUGUGUGUAAGAGUCAAGCUCUUUCCUCGGAGUGAAUUCCCAAGAUACAAAAUCGUACGGUACAUAUAUAUAGAAUGGUGUGUUUACCUUCCUUUUCUGCACAUAGCUAUAAUGGAAAACGUAGUGGCAUAUUUUAUUUGAUCGACUAAUUUUUUUUAUAUUAUUGUUUUUCGUUGUUGUAGUUGAAAUUUUCUUUUGGCUCGUUUUUUAUUAGUAUUUUGUUUGUUUUUUUUGUUUGUUUGUUUGUUUUUUUUACAAAUAUCACAAGGUUCUGGGGCAAGAACGUAUGGGGUGUAGUUAGUAACGUACUUUUAUAACGUAUUUAUAACGUAUUUUGUUCAAGGGGCGAAAAAUUUACAGCUGCAUAUGCGAGACUGACUGUUGUGUAAUUAUAGUUUGUGCAGUAUCCAGUACGACUGCAGUAAUUGCGAUAAUCCUUGAACUUGAAAAUUACUAAUCCCACUAAAGGCGAUGAGCAAUAAAUUUCCUCCUAAUAGCUUAUUAUCUCUACCCGGUUUGGUCCUAAAAGCCUGAUAAGCACGAUGGAACUUGCUUAAAAUUAUUGUUAGUUUCCUUUUAUGGAAUUGGAUGAUUUGUUUAAGUGACCUCGGUGGUAGUAGUGUCAGUGUGAACCUAGGUAUACAAGAGGAAGUAGUACAUUGCUCAGCACAUUUUUUUGAUUUGCCGCACGUGUAGCUCGAUAUCUCGUGUAUUGGUGUUCUUGAUUUCGACUGUCGUAAAGCACGGCUUUUUAAUCCUGCUAGUUGUUGCACUGUAAAAGAAUGGAAUGGAUAAGAAAGAAUUAAAUAAAUUAAGUAGUUAAUUCAAAA